AUGAGUUCGAUCGGAACUGGAUAUGAUUUGUCAGCUUCCCAAUUUUCUCCUGAUGGCAAAGUUUUCCAGGUAGAAUAUGCCCAGAAGGCCGUUGAGAACAGCGGCACUGCAGUUGGAAUACGUGGUAAAAAUGGAGUGGUUUUUGGAGUUGAAAAGUUAAUCCAGUCAAAAUUAUAUGAGAAAGAAGCUAACAAGAGAAUAUUCCACAUUGAUGAACACAUUGGAAUGGCAGUUGCUGGUUUGUUGGCAGACGCUCGCCAGAUAGCUGACAUUGCAAAACAAGAAGCAUCGAACUACAGGUCAAACUAUGGCAAUCCCAUUCCAUGCAAGGUCUUGGCCGAUAGAGUAGCAAUGUACAUGCAUGCAUACACCUUGUACAGUUUUGUCAGGCCAUUCGGUUGCAGUGUAUUGCUGAGUGGUGUCGACAACAAUAUUCCUCAACUAUUCACCAUUGAGCCUUCUGGAAUAUGUUAUGGCUAUCACGGCUGCUCAGUAGGUAAAGCCAAACAGGCUGCCAAAACGGAAGUUGAAAAAGUCAAGAUGAAAGACAUGACAAUGAGAGAUAUAGUAAAAGAAGUUGCCAAGAUUAUACACAUUGUACAUGAUGAGCUAAAGGACAAAGCGUUUGACUUGGAAAUGAGCUGGAUUGGAGAAGACACUGAGGGCCGACAUGAGAUGGUUCCACAAGACAUUCUUGAGGAAGCCAUAAAAUAUGCAAAGGUGUGUAUGUUCAUGUGUGUGUACAGCUCUUGUCUCUGUGUACCUGUGUGUUUAUGUGUAAACAUCUCUAUAGUGUUGUGUGUAUGUGUGUGUGAGCCGUCCAUUCCACAUUUGAUUCAGCAUUAUGUUUCCUCAGUGAAUGAAUGCGUUGUUUAUUUGUUGGGUGUCUUUUCUCAACUUAGGUGUGUUUACAUACAUUCAUUUCUACAUUCCUGA